AUGCAGGACCCAGAUUACACAGCAGCAGCAGCACGCCUCCGCCCCGACUGCGAGCGCGCUGGGCCGCCACAUCCUCCUCUCGCCGCUCCCUGUCCUCGCGACCUUAUGCUAACCACCCAGUACCUCGACCCCCAGACCCCCGAAUCACCGCCCUCGUCGAGAGCGGCCGAGCUGGAGCGCUUGUACCAGGCUCGCCGAGGCCAUGCUCCGCAAAUCUCCAUCAGCGACGAAAGCCACCACAUCACCGAAGCAAUUGGAGACAUGUACGGCGAGAAUGAAUACAGCCGGAACGAGUCACGGCCCUUGAGCUUCAUCAGUUCGCCCACCAGCGAGACUUUUGACAUCAGUCCCUCCUUUCCCUCCUCGCCCAACCCGCUCGAGCGCUCCUCCUCCAACGAGUACAAGCACCACGCAAAUGGCCAGGCCACCUCGCCGAAGAUGCUGUCGCCCCGCAGCGACUCCUUCGACCGCUCUUCCGUCUCCCCGCCGCGCUUGAACCGCCAGAGCUCCGACACUGCGAGUCAGGCCUUUGAGUUCCAAGACAUCGACUCCCAAUCCAGCCCGGCCGCCCUGGCCCAGGAGCUGAGCAACCUACAAGCAAUACGGCGCAUGUCCAUGGACGUCCAUGGUUCCGACCCCGACCUGCCGUCGUUCGGCGACAGGCCGCCCAUGCCCUCUGCCGCGCCCACGCACGAAGCCGACGAAGACGACCCAUCGCGCAUGUUCUGGGUCCCUGCCCGAGUGCACCCGGAGUUGGCGCCGAAGGAGUUCAAAACAUUCAUCGAAGAGAAAGUCCAGAGACACCGGCGGAGGUCAGGGGAUUCUGAAGCCUUUCUUUCGGCGGAUGGACUGAGCCCGGAAGGCUCGGGCGGAGGACUGCGGAGGAAGAAGUCGAUGCUGUCUAAGCAGGUCGACGGACCCCAUGGCUACAAAGACGGUGCUGAGCGCUUGGAAAGAAAGAGAUCGCAGACUGGCGACCACACUCACAUGCCUACUCUGCACCAGCUCGAAAGCGUGGAGGAGGAUGAUGAUCCGGCACAAUUGAUACGGCGCAUGAGUCUACGCGACUCCAUAGACUCUGGGGUUGCUGGUGUCGAGAGCGCUGGAGAAGACGACGUGCCCAUACUUCCUGUCAAGCCCGCUGGCAUUCUGAAACGCUCCACGCGGACCAAUUACAGACGUGGCAGUAUACGCAAAGGGGAAAGGGUUCCUUUCAACCGUAGGAUGGGAAAUAAACAGGGCGACACUGACACUGACGAAUCUCCCGCCUCGCCGCCUCAGGAACCAGAAGUGAAAAGGGGAAUUCAAAGAGUCCAGACUGAGCCCAUGCCCACGAAAGCUGAUCAGCCAGAGAACUUCUCGCGCCCAACCCGGCCACGCCCGCCCCAAGGUCCCAACCCCAAUGCACCACAAGCUGAACCUACACGGCCCCGAUCCGCGGAAGAAGCGCCCUCUAGCCCGCCCGAGCACCAAGGCCCGCAAUCACCCCCGCAACAGGGACAACGAAAAACUUACCACUCCCGCAUUGCAUCAAACGGCCGUACGACUGCACUCCUUCCCGGUUAUAAUGUUCCUAUCGACUCACCUGUCAUCUCUUCCACAGCUUCCCCGGUUCCUCAGAUUGUUGAAACUCCUCCUGCGUCCUCCGACACUCCGCCUCCGAUACCAGCCCAACACCCGGAACGCAAAUCCUCCAAAGUUACAGUUGACCAUACGGCUUCACAGAACCAUGCUCCCGUCAAAGUUCCCCCGCAACCGGUCAGAGGCCUUCCUCCAGGACGACAGAGUCUGCGCGAGAAAGCAGAGAAAGCUCAAGCCAACAAAAUUCCAAGUCAGUCUCUUGAUGAAAUGGCAUCACACCCCACCGCUAUCCCUGGUCACACUAGCGCGACAAGAUCCGACUCACUUGCAAUUAUUCCAACCUACGCAGAUGACAAGAAAUCGGACAAGGGCGACAAGAAGUCCCAGAAAGUCGACGAUGACGAUGACGACAUGGAGUCUGGCGGAAGGAAAACGAGCUGGGGCUGGUUCUCGCGUAAGAAUAAGGAAAAGGAAGAAGAGGAAGAGCACAAAAAGAAGGACAAGGAGGAGAAGGAACACAAGAAGACCAAGUCAAAGCUCACCAAAUCCGCUGACAAGUCACACGACAAACACGACAAGCACGAUAACACGCGUUUGGACGUAUUGCAGUCUUCGAUCGAUGAAGGACGCGGACGAGAAAGCCUUGUCCUCGACCGCAGCAGCGUCAAGCUUGACGAGGAGCGCCAGAAGACGAGCAGCCGGAAAACUUCGAGCGAAAAGAAGGAGAAGGAAGGCCUCUUCUCCUCCAUCUUUGGAGGAAAGGCGAAGAAGGGCGAAAAGGAGCCUCACGGAAGCAAGAAGACAAUGGCAGCCCGUGGCCUAUCUCCCGACCCCCCGCCGCGCAUCCUUCGUCCCGACAUUGACUACAACUGGACCCGGUUUUCCAUCCUCGAGGAGCGUGCCAUUUACCGCAUGGCCCAUAUCAAGCUCGCCAACCCCCGCCGAGAGCUCUAUUCGCAGGUACUUCUCAGCAACUUCAUGUACUCAUAUCUCGCCAAGGUUCAGCAGAUGCAUCCGCACAUUCAAAUCGGCCAGUCGGCAGCUCAGAAGCAGCAACAACGGUUAGCCCAGGAGCAAAAGAAGCGGGAAGAAGAACAGCGCCGUCAGCAGCAGCAGCAACAGCCGGAAGAGUUCAAGCAAUAUCAGAUGUAUCAAGAUCAACAAGCACGAGCGGAGGCCAAUGAAGGGACGUCUGAAGGUACGACUUAUCAUCAAUAUGGAGACACUCAAUACGCCAACGACUCCUCACACGCAUCACAACACACACAGUAUAAUAGAACGAACGGCAACGGAUACAGUGUUUCGAGCGGGUCCAGUUACCUUGGCCAACCUGGAGGACAGGUCCAGCAGCCGUACUACGAACAGCAGUACGACGAUGACGAUGGGCGAAAUGAUAUGUGGUAG